GACGACACCACCCAAAGUCGACUGUGCUUGUCUCAUGCUCCCUUUUCAUCCCCUUCUGCUACAUGUGCCCACCUCAUGCUCCCUUCGUGCUUCGAUCUUCAUUCACUUUCCAGCGUCUGUGAACAUCUGCUUCCUGUCGUGCUACAUCAGCAUCGUCUGCAGCUAUAAAGUCUCGCAACUUGUAUUGCUGUGUCUGUUGCGUCAGGAGUCAGCAGACCUUUCCCGGUCAUCCUCCCAUUCCCAGGUGUCAGCAAUCAUCAGACUCAACCCCGCAUAGUCUUGAGACACCCACUGGAUAAGUACGGGCGCACCCGUCGACUAAAAGCCCACCAUUCUCAAUAUCAAGCCUUAUGUUUGACAAGCUCAAAAGUAGCUUCCGGGACAGGUUCGAAGAGAAACUCCCUGCCAGGGUCAAAGACAGGAUGCGUUACGAAUUCGGUAAACAACAUCGUUAUUCCUUUCAUACGGAGCCAGUGCCAAACCCCGAGGCAGUCAUUCAGGGUGAUAAGUAUCGGUUCACUAUUUUGACUGAUGGUCUCAUCAGACUCGAAUGGGCUGAAGACGGAAAGUUCGAGGAUCGUUCUUCGACUUUUGCCCUGAACAGGAAACUAGCUGUGCCCAAGUAUUACCUCUGGGAUCAUGAUGACAAAAUUGAGAUCGUUACGACCCGCUACCAGCUCUUCUAUGACAAGAAAAAGUUUGGAAAGGAAGGUUUGUAUAUCAACCUCAAGGGCGACGUUGCUGGAGUAUGGGCAUAUGGUGACGAGAUCAAGGACCUUGGAGGCACCAUUCGUACUCUGGACAUGGUCAACGGCCGGGGAGACAUGGGCCAUGGUAUAAUGUCUCGAUCUGGGUUUGGUAGGAUCAAUGACACGGACUCAUUUUUGUUUGAGAAGAAUGGCUGGGUCGGCACUCGCCAGACCGGCAACCGAUCUGAUGAGUAUCUCUUCUGUUACGGGCAUGACUACAAGGCAGCACUCCAGGCCUAUUACGCCAUCUCCGGGAGCCAGCCCCUCCUGCCUCGGUAUGCACUUGGUAAUUGGUGGACACGAUAUCACAAGUAUACAUCUCAAGAGUAUCUUGAACUGAUGGACCACUUUCGCGCCGAUGAGGUCCCGUUUGCCAUUCUUGUCAUCGAUAUUUACUGGCACAAGGUCGAUCUUCCUCCAGAUUGGCCAGGAUCCGGCUGGACCGGCUUCACCUGGGACCGUGAUCUUAUUCCUGACCCGGUAGGAUUUCUCAAGCAGCUCAAGAAUCGCGAUCUGUAUCUCACUGUCAAUGACCAUCCUGCUGAAGGUGUUCGUUGGUUCGAAGAACUAUAUGACAAGGUUGCUAGGCACAUGGGUGUCGAUCCUUCAACAAAGAAGACUAUCGAAUUUGAUAGCGUUGAUCGUCGAUUCAUGGAUGCUUAUCUUGACAUUAUCUGUCAUCAGUUUGAAAGAGAGGGGAUAGAUUUUUGGUGGGUCGAUUGGCAACAGGGUGAACACAGCAAGAUCCCUUCCAUCGAUCCUCUGUGGAUGCUAAACCAUUAUCAUUUCCUUGAUAACGGACGCAACAACCACCGACCCCUGAUAUUAUCACGCUUCGCUGGUCCAGGUUCCCAUCGCUACCAAGUCGGCUUCUCAGGAGACGUAUUGAUGACAUGGGAGUCUCUCAAUUUCCAGCCUGAGUUCACAGCUACGGCUACCAACAUUGGCUACGGGUGGUGGAGCCAUGACAUUGGCGGUCAUAUGCAAGGAUAUAAGGAUGAUGAGCUACAAACUCGAUGGUACCAACUCGGCUGCUUCUCACCCAUAUUGCGUCUACAUUGCAACAACAACAUGUUCAACUUCAAGGAGCCUUGGAAAUUCGGCCCGGAAUACUGCGCGAUUAUGGAAGACACAUUGAGAUUCCGCCACCGUCUCGUACCCUAUCUCUACACCAUGAAUCACCGCGCCGCAGUGCACGAUAUCCCACUCAUCCACCCCAUCUACUACGAGUACCCUGAUCGCGAGCUGGCCUACAAGCACAAAAACAGUUUCUACUACGGCAGUGAGCUCCUCGUUGCUCCUUGCACCUCUCCCCGCGCCAAAGACACAUUGCACGGCCGCACUGACGUCUGGUUGCCACCUGACCGCUGGGUUGACAUCUUUACCGGCCUCAUCUAUGACGGCGAACGCGACCUCUCGCUCUAUCGUCUUCUCUCUCAAGUCCCCGCCUUGGCCAAACAAGGCGCCAUCAUCCCACUGGACGCCGCAUCUCCAAUUCCCAACGGCGUGCCGAACCCACAAGCCAUUGAAAUAAUCCUCGUAGUCGGUGCAGACGGCGCAUUUACUCUUAUCGAGGACGAUGGAAACGGUGAAAAGGCGUCCGAUGGUGACUUCACCUUUAUUUCCUCUCCUGACUCUUCUUCUUCUUCUUCUUCAUCUACGAGUCCCAAGGCCGACGAUGAAGCUGACGCUCGCGCAGUCGAAUUCUCCUCUACGCCCAUCAAGUAUGAACAUAAAGCCGGUGUCCUGAGCGUCGGCGCCACAACACCCAUGUCGUCCAGCAUUCCUGCCUCCCGCUCAUGGUCUCUCAAAUUGCUCUCUCACACCCCCUCCUCCUCUACCUCCAUCACCGCCAAGCGCGCCGAUGGCCGUCCCAUCCCCGUCACAUCAACUCCCACACCAACAGGCACAAAGCUUCUACUUGGUAGCAUCCCCAGCGACUCCGCCUGGAGCGUCAGCUUGGGUCCUGAACCAAGCCUUGACGUGCUGGAUGCGACGAAACGCUGCUACGAUAUCUUGAUCAAUGCGUGGGGUGAUUACGACUGGAAGCAGGAUGUGUACAUGGGGAUUGCGGCUGAAGGCAGCUUGAACGAACGCAUUGAGCGGACUAAGGGUAAGGGUGUCCAGGGAGAUUUGUUGGGGGCGUUGUUGGAGGGCCUGCAGGCGGACUCGAGGUAUGCGGCGUCGUUGGAUGGGAAGACGGCGUGAUAGGGGCUAGGGAGGGGAUGGAAGCUUUCAGGACUGAAUGUCACUCGCUUUGUUGAUGUAUCUUCGAUUUUGAAUCUAGGAC